AUUAACCCCCUAGCUCAACCCAUCAUCUACUCAACCAUUUUUGCAGGUACACUCAUUACCGCAUCUAGCUCACACUGAUUCCUCGCCUGAGUAGGCCUAGAAAUAAACAUGUUAGCCUUUAUCCCAGUCUUAACAAAAAAAAUAAACCCUCGCUCCACAGAAGCCGCUAUUAAAUAUUUCCUCGUACAAGCAACCGCAUCCAUAAUCCUUAUAAUAGCUAUCCUCUCUAAUAAUCUACUUUCCGGACAAUGAACCACAACCAACAUUACCAACCAAUACUCAUCACUAAUAAUCUUAACAGCCUUAGCCAUAAAACUAGGAAUAGCCCCCUUCCACUUCUGAGUCCCAGAAGUCACUCAAGGAACUACCCUCACAUCCGGCCUACUACUCCUCACAUGACAAAAACUAGCCCCUAUCUCAAUUAUAUACCAAAUCUUUCCAGUAAUAAACGUAAACAUCCUCCUCACAUUUUCAAUUUUAUCUAUCAUAGUAGGCAGCUGAGGCGGACUAAACCAAACCCAACUACGCAAAAUUCUGGCAUACUCCUCAAUCACCCAUGUAGGCUGAAUAACAGCCGUACUUCCAUACAACCCGAACAUCACCAUUUUCAACCUAACUAUCUACAUCGUACUAACAACCACUGCAUUCCUAGCACUCAACCUAAAUUCCAGCACCACAACCCUACUAUUAUCCCGCUCCUGAAACAAAUUAACCUGGCUACUACCCCUAAUCCCAUCCACCCUAUUAUCACUAGGAGGGUUACCCCCACUAACCGGCUUCCUGCCCAAAUGACUUGUCAUUGAAGAACUCACAAAAAACGGUACUCUCAUUAUCCCAACUAUUAUGGCCAUCGUCACCCUUAUCAACCUAUACUUCUACAUACGCCUAAUCUACUCCACCUCAAUCACACUAUUCCCCACAUCCAACAACGUAAAAAUAAAGUGACAAUUUGAAAACAUAAAACCCACACUUCUCCUCCCCACACUCACUAUCCUCACCACCCUUCUCCUACCAAUCGCCCCACUCACAUUCCCUGCCCCAUA